AUGUGGCCCCAACCCCGCCUCCCUCCCCACCUUGCGAUGUCAGAAAAAACACGACAGGACAAAUUGGCUGCAGCCAAGCAAAAGCUGAAAGAGUAUCAGCAGAGGAACAGCCCUGGUGUUCCGGCAGGAGCGAAGACGAAGAAAAAAACUGGAAGUAGCCCUGAGACAACCACUUCUGGUGGUUGCCACUCACCUGAGGAUAGCCGGUACCAAGAACUAGCAGUAGUCCUGGACUUAAACUCUGCGACAAUCAAUCACCUUAAUGAAAACAUAGAAUCAUUGAAACAGCAGAAGAAAGAAGUGGAACAUCAGCUGGAAGAAGAAAAGAAAGCAAACAAUGAAAUACACAAAGCGCAAAUGGAGCAGUUAGAGACAAUCAACAUCCUCAUGUUGGAAAAGGCAAACUUGAAGACCACCCUUUACCAUACUAAACGUGCCGCCAGACACUUUGAAGAAGAGUCCAAGGAUCUGGCCAGCCGCCUGCAAUACUCCUUGCAGCGUACUCAAGAAUUGGAGUGGGCUCUCUCUGCUGUGUCUACACAGCAGCAGGAAGGGGACAGGAUGAGUCCAACCAGCUGUCCCUCCUCGAGCCGCAGUGAAGCAGUCCUCCAGCAGCAGUUACAGCAGUCCACAAAGGAGCGGGCACUGCUGACGCAGGUGACAGAGUCACUUAAACAAGUCCAGCUAGAGAGAGAUGAAUAUGCUCAACGUAUAACAGGAGAGAGGGCCCGGUGGCAGGAGAGGAUGCGGAAAAUGUCGGUGGAGGCUUGCACAUUGAAGGAGGAGAAGCGUGACAUACAUCGGAUACAGGAGCUGGAGAGGAGCUUGUCCGAACUCAAACCCCAGAUGGCUGAGCCCCUGUCCCCAGCACCCCCAGCAGGGACUUCUGAGGUGAAGCAGCUACAAGAUGAGGCCAGGCACCUGAGGAAGGAGGUGGAAAGUCUGGAGGGAAAGCUGCAAUCCCAGGUGGAAAACAAUCAGGCCUUGAGUCUCCUGAGCGAGGAACAAAAGGAGAGCUUUCGGGAUCAGGAGGAGAGGCUCUGAGAGCUGGAGGAGAGGAGGCUGCGGGAGCAGGAGAGGGUGCGGGAGCAGGAGGAGCAGAGGCUGCAGGAGCAGGAGAGACUGUGUGCGCAAAAGGAGAGGCUUCAGAAGCAGCAGGAGAGGCUGCGGGAGCAGGGUGAGAGGCUGUGAAAGCAGGAGGAGAGGCUACGAAAGGAGGAGGAGAGGCUUCGAAAGGAGGAGGAGAGGCUGUGAAAGCAGGAGGAGAGGCUACGAAAGCAGGAGGAGAGGCUCGCGCUCUCCCAGAACCACACGCUCGACAAGCAGCUGGCCGAGCCACAUUGCAGCUUCGAGGAUCUGAACAAUGAGAACAAGAGCGCACUGCAGUUGGAGCAGCAAGUAAAGGAACUGCAGGAGAAGCUGGGUGAGAUGAAGGAGAUGGAGUGCCUAGAAGCUGCCAGCCAGCAGAACCAACAGCUAGAGACCCAGCUGAGCAUCAUGGCUCUCCCUGGAGAAGGAGAUGGAGGAGGACAUCUGGACAGUGAGGAGGAGGAGGCGCCUUGGCCCAUGCCAAGUAUCCCACAGGACCUGGAGAACCGGGAGGCCAUGAGCGGCUUUAUGGACCUCCCGAAGGAGAAGGUGGACGGGAAGGAGCAGGUGGAAAAACUAGAGCUUGGAUUCAUCCAGCUCUCUGAAGCAACAGACGGCAUGAGAGAGUACGUCACAGUAUAUGAGAGCCAAGGGGCAGUGCCAAACACGUGGCACCAGGAUAUGGAGGAUGUCAUUAGGCUGGCCCAGAACGAGAUGAAAGUGAAUAUGCUGGAACUGCCGAAGCUGGUGUUGCCGCUUAUGGGCGACCACGAGGGGCAUGGCAAAUUCUUCGCCACUCCCCAGAACCCUGCUGAUGAGCCCGCUCCAGGGGCUCCAGCCCCCGAGGAACUUGGGGCUGCUGGCAAGCAGGGUGAUUUUUAUGAGGUGAGCCUGGACAACAGCGUGGAGCCCGUACCAGGAGAGGCCAGAAAUGGUUCUCCCCAUGACAACCCCACUGCAGAGCAGAUCGUGCACCUGUUUCCUGUAAUGCAGGACACCCAGGAGCACCCAGGCUUGGCCACCAAACCCUGCAUGCCAUUCUUUUACCGGGCAUCCGAGAACAGGGAGAUAAACAUCAUCAUCAUCUAA